AGGUGAUUCCACUUCCAGCCGCCCCAAAAGGCAGGUCAGCGGGAGGCGCAGCACCUGUUGCAGCUGGAAGGGGAGUCGACCGCACGAUGCCUGCCAUGGCUUGGUAGCCUUGACCCCUCUCCCCCACAACAGGAGGCCGGUGGGGCCAGGCUGAUCGCCCCCCACUCCCGGGACCCCAGAGGAUUGGGGAGAAGAUGAAGAAGAGCCAGGCUGCGCAGGGGACUUUUAGCAAACUGUUUGGGAAGAAACACUCCAGCGGGGGCACCACCACCUCGCUCUAUGCCACCAACCCACCCUGGAUCUUCACCCAGGAGACUCCGGCCGAGGGGGCACGGGCUUUCGAUGGAAUUUAUUACGGAGACAAUCGGUUUAACACGGUGAGCGAGUCUGGCACGGCGACACUGAAAGCUCGACCACGAGUCCGCCCUUUACUUACUUUCUUGCCUCUGAGUGCCCAGGAGAACCAUGGCCUGGCUGUGCCAACUCCCUCAGUCCCCGAGGAUUUUGCCAAGACUGAAGAAGCUCAGGGCAUUGGCCCUCACAUGAAUGGAAAUAUUCGGCUGUACAGCUCGGUGGGAGACCUGAGGCGUGACCACCUCAGGGAUGACUAUGGGGGAGAUGCCCUCAUCCCACCCCCACCGGUGGGGCCGGCUCCUCCCCCACCCCCUCCAGGGACCGCUUUCCUUGACCCUUCCCUGCUGCUGGAGCCUCCCCCGCCCCCUCCAGCCAUGGCACCUCCCCCCCCGCCCCCACCCAGCAUGGCCCCACCUCCGCCCCCCGUUGUCCUCUCCCCACCAUCCGGCCUUUCUUCUCCAGGAACUCCCACUCCCCCCGAUUUCAUCCCCCCAACCCCGUUGGCCUUUCUGACCUCUGCAGCCGCCACCCCAACACCCAGCUCCCCUCACACCCCUGCUGGAGCUCAGCUUUUCCCUCCCAGUGGGGUUUCCAAGUGGAAAUCAGAGCUGGGGCUCAAUGACCCCCAAUCGGAGGCCCUAGAGGGGACUGGUCUCCCUAUGGGCUCGGCUGCUCCCCCUUCUCCAGAGCCCAGGGGCCACCAGCCAGGGGCCAGACCCGACUCCCAUCUCACUUUUCCCCGCUCCUUCAAGGUCCCCCCACCCACCCCCGUCCGCACCUCUUCCAUCCCAGCACUGGAGCAGGAUGGCCCUAACCCAGAGGAGCGGCCGCCUGCCAGGAGGCCCCCCAGCCGGCUCCCACUGCCCCCCAGCUUCAGUGUCCGCCCUGCGGCUCAGGUGUACCCCGAUGUGCAGCCUAGAAGAGAUGGGCAAGAAUGGUCAGGGGCCCAGGGGGCCCCAGCCAGCCCCUGGCCUGGCCAACAGAGAAGCGGAGUGAAUGGCACAGCAGACCCCCCACCUCCACUGUCUCCCCCUGCCUCUUCUCUGCCUCCUCCAGCCCCUCCUCUGCCUCCUCCAGCUCCUCCUCUGCCAGUAGCAGAAAAGACCUCAUUGCCGCGGGCUGGUGUAGCUGGGGAGAUUUCCAAACCCCAGUUCCCCAGCCCCAAACCUGGGCUUUCCUUCCCCAAACCUGGGCUCCCCAGCCCCAAACCUGGGUUCCCCAGCCCCAAACCUGGGCUCCCCAGCCCCAAACCUGGGCUCCCCAGCCCCAAACCACCAAGGGAGUUUCCUGUCCUCAAACCCAAAGCAAGCCCAGCAGUUCCUGCCAGUUCCUUGGCUGACAAUGAGGAUGAGGACAACGAUGAUGAUACCUGGAGACAACCCAGCCAAAUGGACCAGCUGCGGAACGAGCUCUCGGCUUACCUGUGCGGACAGAGACGAGCCCCCCAACCCCUCCACCCCAAGGCCAGCCCGGCCAGGAGCCCUGCGGCCGAGCCCCCGGCUGCAGAGCGGGGACCCCCUUGCAGUGGGGCUGAGCCUUCCCAGCAGCCCCUGGCCCAGCCCCCAGUGGAUGGGGAGCAGAGGCAGAAGACCCGGGUCCCCGAGAAGGAAUCUGCCAGUCUCCUCACCCUUCCUCCUGCCGAUUAUGCACCCUCGGACCCUCCCACGCGCAGUGUGCAGGAGAUCCGAAGUGAGCUGGAGGCUUUGUUUGCCCCGCCGGGAAAGGCAGGUGGAACCCGCAAACCCAAGCUGGCUUCCGGGGCCAUCAGAGCGGCUGAGGGCCCGGAAGGCCCCAUAUCACCAAAGCCCCUGGCCAAGAAGUUGCCUCUUCUGCCCCAGGAGGCUGAGCGAGAAACUGGAGUCCCGUCCCCCAGAAGCAACGGACUGGGACGGAAGCUGCCAACAGAGAACCAACACUGGCCGCCCAGUCCCCUUCCCCUUCCCUCUUCUCCCCCUGACUCCGGGGGCUCCCCUGCUCCAGCCCGGAAACUCAACGGACUGGCUGCUCCCUCCUCGCCGGCUCCCCCACCCCAAGAGGACCCCCAGGUAUUGUACAAACCCCACCGGGGCCAGGUCAGCCCCGCUCGUGACGUCUCCGUGGAGACCCCCGACCCAGCCCCAAGGGUGAGUGAGGUUGAGGGGUCCGGCUCACCCACUCCCACCCAGUCCCCAGCCUCCAAGCCUGAAGGGGAAGCCCUGCUGCACCCUGUGACUGGAGAGAUGGUGGAGCCCGGCUCCCCCAUGGCCCUGCUGCUGGCUGCCAGGCAGAGGGCCCAGAAGGGUCGGGCCAGCGGAGCCGGGUUGGGGCUGGCAGGGCGGAGGCGGAGUAACGGCCUGGAGGAGCCCAACUCCAACAGCAUCAUCUACAACGAGGGCCGCCCCAACUCUUUCACCGUGGUGCCCAGGCCCAUCAGGGAGGCCCGGCCGGAGCUCCCGGGCCCUCCUGGCCAGGCCCGGGCCCAGGCCCAGGAUGCACAGGUCCGGCCACACGAGGCCAAGCGUCCUGAAGGCUCCCCGCUGACCCUCUGGUCUGGCCGGCGGCAGGAGGAAUCCCGUGACCAUGUGCGGGUCCCCCUGGGUUGCUCGGCCCCUGCAUCCUUCUCCUCACCCCCCUCCCCGACCCGCAAGGCUGAGGAGCAACAGUUUGGCUACGACCUCAUCCCUCCACCCCCGGAGUUCAGUAACGAGGUGGACCUCCAAACCGUGCCCCCCACCUCCUUUGGCGGGAGGGGCUCCUCGCUCCGCAGCAGCUUCGACUACGGGCAGCGGCUGGACUUCGGGCCCCUGGUGUACGAACGGCCCCAGAUGGGCUCCCCAGUGGGCGGCACCCCCCACCACUACUACCCCAGCACCCACUACUCCGGUGCGGGGCUGGACCGCUUCUCCGGUGGCGGCCGCUCCCUGAUCAAGAAGCGCCUCUAUGUCAACGAGACCCCCAGGAGCCCCGGCCUCCGGAAGGGUCCGGGCUGCCUGGCAUCCCGCAGCCACAGUACCCCAAACGCCUUCCUGCAAGGCGCCGCGGGCAGCGCGGAGCUGCGAAGGAUCAGCGUGGCCAGCCGAGGCGGCCAUGGACGCCGGUUGUCUCUGGAGGGCUCCGGACGGGGCUCGGCCUAUGUGACCAGUGGUGGUGGCCUCUCUGGGGAUGGCAAGUACAAAGCCUCCCCCGGCCCAGAUUGCACCUGCGUCCCAGCUGGCAGCAGGCCCUCCCACGGCAGUUCUCCAUUCACCAGCCCGGCCAACACCUUCACAGUCCGCCCGGGGACCCACCAGCCCAUCUCCUACGCCUACCAGGGGGGCCCACGCAAGCCUGUGUCUUGAGCCCUGGCCCUUGCUGCCGCGCCUGUUGGGGAGAAGGGGGGUGUCCCGGGCCAUGCCCCCUCGAGGGCAAGGCAGGAGGGGUCUCCCCCUCUCCCAACUCUCCGAAGGAGCCUGAGCUUCCCAAGAGGCCAAGGAGGAAGGGUCAGGGCGAGGCAAGAGGCCUCGAUGGGGCCAAGCCUCCGCCCGGAUGUUUUUAUGGUUGUUACAUAGUAGCACUGCUCUCCACUUUAGUUUGUUUGAAGACAAAGGGGAUUUUCCUAACUAGUGCCCAGGGUCUCUUCCAGGGACUUCUGGCUAGUUGGUCCCUUCAACUUAUUUAAGGAGUUUUUAACUUUAAAGAUGAAGCCGCCCCUCUUGGGCAGAUACCCGGCAUCACGCUUCGACUGGCCUCCCCUGGACCUGCCUGCCUGGCCGCAGGAAGACAGAGGGGGCCAGGGCAGGGGGUAACCUUGCGCUGUGGAGGAGCCCUGGGGGAGGAGCAGCAGGGGCUCUGGGGCCCCAACUGGGCUGGACCCCAGCAGAGCUGCUGCCUUUCUGCCACAGGAAGACAGUAAGUACUGGAGCCACAGACCCUGAGGACUCAGCCCUCUCUCUUCAUAAAACAGUUUGCUUCCGAAGCUCUCCGGCACUUCCUGAGCUAAUUGUGCAAAUGCCAAGACCAAAAAUGCUGCCCAUCUCACAGGGGGAGCCCAAAAGCACUUUGAGAUUCGUAUUUGCAACGGAAGCACUUUUAAUCUCUUUGCAUUGGUGAGGAGUGGAGUAAUUCCUCAUCCUCUGCCUCCGCUCUCAAACCCCUACUAACCCCCAGCUCCCCCGGGCCCAGUCUCAAGGCUGUGUAGCUCAGGAAAGGGAUUCUGGGACAGGCAGUUGACCAGAGAGGAGCUGAGCAGGGUUGUGGACCCUGGUGCCACAGGGGCAAAUAAUAAUUCCCUUUUACAGGAAAUAGCCCCCAGUAUUUGGUGGGGAGAGGGGGUUGGAGGUGAUGAAGCAGGCCUCCUGCUGUCUCCCAAAUCACCUUGUUUUAUUCUUCCCUUCCUCCUCUCCCCCAUCACCUACCUGGCUGGCACGAUGUCAGUCUCAAGAGGGCAUCUCUAGGCCUGAGUUUCAGGUUCUGGAGCCUGGCACUUCCCUGGAGCAGGCUC